GCAGUGGAACAUAGUAUCUCUGUCAUUCGACAAGGACAUUCUCAUUUCACAUCAUAAUUUUUCUGUCUUUGUGGUUAAAAGUUUUAUUUCACACGAUUGGCCUUUACUAUAAAAGCCUGUUUUCAGAAAGUUGCAAAAUGUCUGGAACCGAAGCAGUAAAUUCAAGUGAAACUGAGAAUCUCUGUGUCGUUUGCUUUAAAACCGUUGAAAUUUACUCCAUAGGCCCUUGCGAUCAUGCCGUCUGUUUUGAGUGUUCCACCAGGAUGAGGGUUCUUUGUAAGCAGAAUGAGUGUCCAAUUUGUAGGCAAUUGAUGCAAAAGGUAUUAUUUACAAAAACAAUCGAAGCAUUCUCAGUGUUGUUACCAAAGUUUGAGCGAUCGAACCUACAAGAUCGUAGAGCUGGCAUCAUCUUUUGUACUUCGGAUAUUCAAAAGGCUUAUUAUAAACUGCUAGAGCACCGUUGUUCGAUAUGUGAAGACAAUGAAAGGAAAUGGCCUUUCAAAACGUUUCAACAGCUCAAAGACCACAUGCGGAGGGAGCACGAAUUAUUUUACUGUGACAUAUGUACUGAAAAUCUCAAGAUAUUCAGUUUUGAAAAACGUUGUUAUAACAGACAAGAGUUAGGGUUACAUAGGAGGAAAGGUGAUCCUGAUAAUACAUCACACAGGGGACAUCCGUUAUGCGAGUUUUGUGAUGAAAGAUUUAUGGACAACGAAGAAUUAUUUAGACACCUCAGACGAAAUCAUCUUUUCUGUCAUUUCUGUGAUGCAGAUGGCAAACAUCAGUUUUAUAAUAAUUUGGAUGAUUUAGUGAAGCAUUUUCGCGAUGAACAUUAUUUGUGUGAGGAAGGAGAAUGCAAGGGGAUGCCGUUGACUUCAGUUUUUCGAACUGACAUUGAUUGUAAAGCACACAAAGCUACUUUACAUAGUAGAUUUAUGAGCAAGUCGGGUGCUAAGCAAGCCAGAACUUUGGAAUUAGAAUUUACAUUGGCACCUAGAGCAAGACAAGGUAAUGAUACUAGAAACCGUAGAUACAACGAACGGAGAGAUAGGGUAGAAGAAGAAACAUCUAGUAGUUCUUACCACAUGGAACCAGGUGGACCUGGUGGAGGUGUGGAGGAAAGCAGAGGACGUAUUUUUUUCAAUCCUCUUACUCCUCAAGAUUUUCCCGCAUUGGGGGGCGCAUCUAGUAAUAUAACUGUACACACUAGACCUGCAUCUGUAAAUUUCACAUCUAAGUUGAAUUCUAAUUUCAGUAGUGACGAUUUUCCAUCACUAGGGGGUAGUAGCGGUUCCAGUAAUACAAAACCUUCAUCAGCUGUUACGAUUACCACUAAUUCUUCUGCGAGAAGCAGUAAAGCACCAGAAGUGACUAUUACUAGAGUGUCUGGUGGUCAAAAACGAUUAGAAAAAACGUUGGAGAAUUUCCCGGCUCUAGGAGGACCUAGUUCAAGUGGUAGUGGUACGGCUAGAGUAAGUGUUAGUAAUUCUGAAGAUUCAAAUACGUUGUCAAUUCAAGUAAAUCAUAGGCCUAAUAGCAACAUAACAACUCACAUAACCGCUAGCGUCUCAUCGAGUAGUCAAUCAAGACCUUCAGAGGCAUUUCCGGCUUUGGUAGCCAUCACCGCUGUUCAACCUAAAUGGGUACCGGCAAAAAAGAAGAAAGAACCGAGGGCUGAUAAAGUAGCACCGGCGCCCCAAUUGCCCCCUACUUCUUUAGAACAAUUUCCUACUCUAGCUAAGAAAAAGAGCUCGGUAUCCGUGCCCGUAUCUAACAAUUGGGUUAACCUCAACGAUAUAAAUAGUUCAAAUUAUAAGAAUAAUUCUAAUUAUAGUAAUAACGCGAAGACUAACGGUAGUAACGAUAGUUCGAGACAUGGUAGUGAUAGUAGCAAUAAGAAAAAUGACAUCGGUAAACCGACCAAUUCGAAACAAAAAAACAACGUCGAAACUAAAUUAAACGAUCUUAAAUUGAACGAUAACGGCGAUUCGAAAAAUAAAAGCAAAAAGAAGAAAGGUAAGUUAACUGAAACUGAUAACUCUGCGACAAACCAUGAACCUAAUAACAACAACCAACCAAACGAAUCCAUUACUAUGAACGGUCAAGUUAAGAAACGAUCAGAACUGAAAAUUGGUAAAUUGAAUAGUCCAACGGAACCUGUGAUCACCGAUGAUUUUCCUCGUUUAGGCGAAACGAAACCACCUCCUGGUUUCUCCUUAAAACCUCCCCCGGGCUUAAAUCCGGCUUCGUUCCCCGUUCUGGGUGCUAGCGAUUUCACUUUCACCUCAAGCAGUGGUCAAAGUUACUCAAUAAUGCCUGUGAACAAUUAUCACCAGCCUACAAAUUUCCAAUCCAGGAAUCAAGAUUUGAUCAAGCGGUUUAUGGUUUUAUUGGACAACGAUGCCAUCAAGGAAUUCAAAACGUAUUCGGAUUUGUUUCGAAACGGUGCUUAUCCAACUAACAAGUACUACGAGCAUUGCAGAGAAAUUCUCGGUGAUAAGUUCGAUGAAGUAUUUCUCGAAUUGUUAGUUCUUUUACCGGAUUUAGAGAAACAACAGGAACUGUAUAGGGUGUAUGACGGUAAAAAUAAGAAAAAUUUAGUGGUGUGCGAAAACUGCAAACAAAUUAUCUUUAAGAAGGAAUUGAGCGAACAUUAUAACAACCAUAUAUUAGAAAAUCAGUUCCCUACGUUGGGGAAGUCGCAGCAGGGCAACAGCGCUUGGCGGAAAUAAAAUUUCUUGAUGGGAAAUUUGAGUAAUAAAAAUAAUUUGAACCGAAAAGUAGAUUGAAUGGUAUUUACUCUGUUUUGUUUUUAUUAUUUUGUACAUACAUUCCGGAAAAGUGGAAGGAAAUUUCAAACAAUAAUGAAAGAUUUAGGAAAUUGUUGUUUUUAGAUGAAGAAUAAUGAAAAAUGUUUGAUUUGAUUUCAACUAGUUGCCAUUUAAGUAUCGAUAAAAGUGGAAUAAUAUCAAAAUUAUUAUUUUUUUGAAUUAUUCUAAACCAUUUGCUUCAUCCUUCUGUUUUUACGGAAUGUUUGGUUUGUUUGAAAUGUUCUGCAGCAAUAAAACAGUUUGUGUAUUUUGGAAUUUUGUUUCGGUUACAUUUGGUGGAAAGAAAUAUUAAAAAUGUUCAAUCCAGCCACAAAAAUUACAAAAAAAACUUGUUUUUUUAAGAUUCUUAUCCUUCUGAAGCUGAAUUCUGAAAAUUUGAAAAAUUUCAUACCCAAAAAUUUGUAUCUCAACAUCAUAAUCCUUCUUAAUAUCUUUUUUUUUUAAUCUGAAACUAGAAAACCCUGAAUUUGUUAGUUAUUUGGUCUAAAAUCAACUUUUCUUUUAACUGAAAAUGAAAAACAUUUCCCAGAUUUUCAUUUGUACAGUUUUUGUAUUGAAAGCAUCAAUUUUCAUAUCGGCCAGAUAUUUGAGAAACUCUUGACAGUUUUCUGCUUUACAACCCUUAAACAUCAACCUUUUCUCAAAUGGUUUCCACUUAAAAGUGUCCAGAAGCUUCGAUCCAACUCAAAAUACCAUUUAAAUUCAGUAUUUUUCUAAAUUUAACUGUAAGUGAUACCGUUUGGUUUAUAUUUUCAAUUUAGCUUCAAAAAUUCAUAAAAAACUUGCAUCUCAACAUCAUAAUCCUUCUUAAUUUCUUUUUUUUUAUUCUGGAACUAGAAAACCCUGAAUUUGUUAGUUAUUUGGUCUAAAAUCAACUUUUCUUUUAACUGAAAAUGAAAAACAUUUCCCAGAUUUUCAUUUGUACAGUUUUUGUAUUGAAAGCAUCAAUUUUCAUAUCGGCCAGAUAUUUGAGAAACUCUUGACAGUUUUCUGCUUUACAACCCUUAAACAUCAACCUUUUCUCAAAUGGUUUCCACUUAAAAGUGUCCAGAAGCUUCGAUCCAACUCAAAAUACCAUUUAAAUUCAGUAUUUUUCUAAAUUUAACUGUAAGUGAUACCGUUUGGUUUAUAUUUUCAAUUUAGCUUCAAAAAUUCAUAAAAAACUUGCAUCUCAACAUCAUAAUCCUUCUUAAUUUCUUUUUUUUUAUUCUGGAACUAGAAAACCCUGAAUUUGUUAGUUAUUUGGUCUAAAAUCAACUUUUCUUUUAACUGGAAAUGGAAAACAUUUCCCAGAUUUUCAUUUGUACAGUUUUUGUAUUGAAAGCAUCAAUUUUCAUAUCGGCCAGAUAUUUGAGAAACUCUUGACAGUUUUCUGCUUUACAACCCUUAAACAUCAACCUUUUCUCAAAUGGCUUCCACUUAAAAGUGUCCAGAAGCUUCGAUCCAACUCAAAAUACCAUUUAAAUUCAGUAUUUUUCUAAAUUUAACUGUAAGUGAUACCGUUUGGUUUAUAUUUUCAAUUUAGCUUCAAAAAUUCAUAAAAAACUUUCAUCUCAACAUCAUAAUCCUUCUUAAUUUCUUUUUUUUUAUUCUGGAACUAGAAAACCCUGAAUUUGUUAGUUAUUUGGUCUAAAAUCAACUUUUCUUUUAACUGGAAAUGAAAAACAUUUCCCACAUUUUCAUUUGUCCAGUUUUUGUUUUGAAAACAUCUGCUUUAUAAUCCUUAAAGAUGAAUCCUUUUUGUCCAAUUAAAGGCUCUAAAAGUUUGAGUUUUAGUUCAUAAUACCCUUUUCAUUUUGUAUUUUUCAGACAUUAACUAGUGAUUGAUAAAAUCUGAAACAUACCAUACUUAUUGGUUUUCAUUUUCUAUUUUCAAUCUAGCUACAAAAAAUUACACCAAACUUCUGCUAAAACUUGAUAUAUUGCUGUAUGAAAAUUCGUUUUUUUGGAUCUUCAUGAAGUAACAAAAAUUUCUAUCGUGACAAUGACUACUUGGCAAAAAUUGCACAAAACCCUUCUGCCUAAACUUAACAUUCUACUUUAUGGAAAUUCAAUUUUUGCAUCUUCAUGGAGUAACAGCAAUUUUCCCUGACAAUUAUUACUAAGCAGUUAACGUUAUUUCAGACUCUAAGUCGACACAGAAUUUUUUCAACUGACUUUCAUGUAUUAUUUAAUCGGAAGGUUUAAUGUUCCUUUCCUGACAUUUUCUACUUUUGAAUUAUUAUAAUGUGAAUAUUAUGAGUUUUCUUUUCACAUUUUAUUGUUUAUUAUUUAAUAGGACAAGCUCUUAUUAACCCCAUAGAUAAUUUUUUUUCAAAAUCAUCAAGUAAACUAAAACGUUGCACGUUUGCAAUACAUGUUAAGUUUGUUUUAUUUUAAUUUAUUAAUAUGUAUAUGUAUGUAUAUACAUUAAUACUUAUUAACAGAGUUUUUCUUUAUUUUUAUAUUUGCUGUUUUCUAUUUUUUACGAAAUUAUUUGUAUUAAAAAAAAUUUAAAGGCGCUUUCGCUCCUAAUAUAAUUUUGAAAAAAAUAACUUACGU